AUGCCACCUCUCAAGGUCCUUAUCUGCGGUGGCGGCUGUGCUGGGCCUGCCCUGGCAUACUGGCUCGCAAACACAGGCCAUAACGUCACCAUCGUUGAGCGCUUUCCAGCUCUGAGAGCCACAGGUGCCCAAAUCGACUUACGUGGCCAAGGCAUCGAAGUCGUGAAGCGCAUGGGUCUCAACGACAUCAUCCGCAGCAAACUUGUCGACGAGGAAGGCACGGCAUUUGUGGACUUGAAUGGCAAUAUUAGAGGGACUAUACUGGCCAACAAGUCUGGCAAAGGGGCACAAACCCUCACGUCAGAGUACGAGAUUAUGCGGGGUGAUUUGAUUCGCAUCUUCUACGAGGCAACUCAUCACAAUGUGAGAUAUCUAUUCGGUACAACUGUCGAGAACUUUGAACAAAAUGACCAGUCGGUCACCGUUCAUUUCUCGGAUGGCUCAUUAGACACAUACGAUCUUCUUAUUGGAGCAGAUGGUCAAGGAUCGCGUAUUCGAAAAGCGAUUCUGCCGCCUGGCUCUCCAGAGCCCUAUCGCAGACUCGGAAUACAUAUGGCGUACUGGUUCAUCCCCCGUGAUGAGACAGAUGACAAUUUGAUUUACUUCUUUCUCAAGGAUGACUCCCCCGAGUUGUCAAGUAUACAUCGCGCUUCGGUAGAAACGCAAAAGGAUUUCUGGACUCGAAGGUUCCGAGAUGCAGGGUGGCAAACGAGUCGCUUUCUUGAGGGUAUGAAGACUACAGAAAACUGGUAUUGCCAGGAGGUUGUCCAAGUCCAGACGGAUACUUGGCAUAAGGGUCGGGUGGCUCUGCUUGGAGAUGCAUCCAGUUGUCCCUCACCAUUCAGCGGUAUGGGGACAACUGCAAGUUUGGUUGGAGCAUAUAUUCUUGCUGGCGAGAUCAAUCGACAUGCAGACGAUCUUCCCCGAGCUCUUGCAAACUAUGACCAAGUUUUCCGACCAUUUGUGGAUGAAGUCCAGAAUAUCAACGUUUCUCUCAUGAAGCUAGCUAUUCCGGAAACGCGAUGGGGGAUCGCAAUUCUCCAUUUUAUCGCUUGGCUGGUUUGCUUUCUUCGUAUCCCUGAACUUGCCUCGCGAUUCUCAAAGGAGCGAGAUGGGGAUUGGAAGUUGCCCGAGUAUUCAGAGUUGAGUCGGAAGGUGGAAGAGAGCAGUGAUGUAAAGAAUUGA